ACCUCAACUGUCGCAUCACCUUUUUAAGGAAAUGUUGUAGGCUAACCAGGCGUUGUCAUGUAUGUCAAUCUAUUUUAUGAAGAGAUAAGGAAGUGACUUUCAAGCUUUUCAUCAUAGAAUGUCCUUGGCGCUGUCAUGGAGUAAACGCGAGAAGAACCUGAGUGGACUAUCACCUGUGGAUUCAUUUGAACGGCAGCACUGUUUUCAGCAUAAACCGAAGUCAGACGGAAGUUUUCUAUUGACAGUUUGAGAGAUGAGAUGAGGCUCACCCAUAUGAAACUUGGAUGUAUUCUGGCUUGUGCUUUUCUCUCUCUAACCUGGUUUACCGCUCAUAAUGGAAAUGAUGAGGAUGAAUCCCCCCACCACCCAGAUAUGAUCCAGCUGUAUGAACGUCUGCUGGCUGCAGAGUUCAGGGGGGAGCUGCUGUCCAGGGAGCUCAGCAGUGUUCUGACCAGCCUGGGGAACCUCACCAUACCUAGCAACAACUCCUCCACUAAUAUCCCAGAAGGACCGAUAAAGAGAAAUCUCAGUCUGCUGUCCUCCAGACUGCCCAACGCCUACCUCUACCUGCCCCACCUACGGGACCACCCAGACAGCCUGAUUCCUAACGUGGUCCUGGGACAAGGCCGAACUGGAGUGUCCCUGGUAUUGGGGAUCCCUACAGUGAAGCGUCAGAAGCAGAGCUACCUGGUUAGCACCCUGAACUCCCUCCUCUACGACCUUUCACCUUCUGAACGUAACGACACCGUCAUCAUCAUCUUUGUUGCUGAGACGGAUACAGAAUACGUCAACAGUGUAGCAGAACUCCUAGAGAAGAAUUUUCCUAAGGAUGUGCACUCAGGCCUGUUGGAGGUAGUGUCCCCUUCUCAGUACUUCUACCCCAACUUCAGCAGACUCAGGGAAACCUUCGGAGACUCCAAGGAGAGAGUCAAAUGGCGCACAAAGCAGAACUUGGAUUAUAGCUUCCUGAUGCUCUACGCCCAGGAGAAGGGAACCUAUUAUGUACAGUUGGAGGAUGACAUCGUGGCUAAUCCCGGUUACUCUCAGACCAUGAAAACAUACGUCAGAAAGCUGGCCACCGAUGACUGGAUGUUCCUGGAGUUCUCUCAGCUCGGCUUCAUCGGCAAGAUGUUCCGAGCCCGUGAUCUACCAAUGAUAGCAGAAUUCUUUCUCAUGUUCUACAAAGACAAGCCCAUUGAUUGGCUGUUGGACCACAUCCUGUGGGUGAAGGCUUGUAACCCAGAAAAAGAUGCUAAAGACUGCAACCUGCAGAAGGGCCUGCUCAAGCUGAGAUAUAAACCCUCUCUGUUUCAACAUGUAGGCCUUCACUCCUCUCUGCCUGGCAAACUACAGAAACUGAAAGAUAAGGACUUUGGGAAGGUGCCACUGUUCACAGCCCACACCAACCCUCCUGCAGAGCUGAGCAGUAGUCUGAAGCACUACCAGCAGCACACCCUGGAGAGGGCCUACAAGGGCCAGGACUUCUUCUGGGGCUUGACCCCUACCGCCAAGGACUUCAUACUGCUCAGCUUCCCACAGCCACGCACUGUCACCAGGUACCUGUUUCGCAGCGGAAACAUCGAGAACAACGGAGACCAUUUGUAUAACACCACCGUGGCGGUGCUCCCUAGUGAUAGCUCAGUGAGAGACAGACUCGUGGGUGGCCAGUCUCCUCAAUACAAAGGAUCUUAUGGAGGCUUCAUAGUGAUUGGUUGCUUUGUGGAUGGAGUGGCUGAGGGACAGAUAGACGCACAGAUGCAGCCCAUCUCUGCAUUACGUCUACUGGUACAUAGCGACUCUGACAUGUGGGUUCUGCUCAGCGAGAUAUUUAUUCAACUUUAAGGGGAAGAGAUAGGAGAAACCUUGGAGGGCAUGCGCUGCUGGCCUGUAACUCCACACCUGGAUAAACAGUGACCUCUAUUGGACAUAGACAGUCAACGCAGUUCCUCCAAGCGCCUCACCUGCUACUGUAUGGAAGCGCCUCACCUGCUACUGUAUGGAAGCACAUACAUACACACACACACACACUCUGUGGAUGUUCUCUUUAUGCACAACGGAGAAUUCUUCAACCUUUGACUAUAAUGUGAAUCUGGAGGAGAAAGUGUGUUUUUCUGUUCCUAAAUGAGUUUGUCAAUCAACUUGAGCACUUCUACAUUUGUGGAAGACUUUAUACUGGGCACCAGCUUUCAGCUGUGGUUAACAUGUACAGGGCUAUCUAUGAUAGGUUCAGUGAGAGGUGAAUGGAUUGAUACCCUCGGUGAGUAAUGGAUGCAAUGUACUGUGUUGUGUGUGAGAAAAAAUAUACACUGGUGCAAUUGUUUGUAUUAGUGUAUUAUUGACACUGUUUACACAAGUGUGUGUGAGUUCAUGUCUCUGGCCAAAAUGCUGUAGAUCAGGUUCAAUUCCUCAAGUAGCUUUUUUGCCAUAGGUGGAUUUCUAUGUAAAUCUUCUGUUGUGUUUCUGGUACUGAACUGCUAGUUUCAAUGGGGAUCACUGGAGAGCAGCCACUCCACAUGUAUAUACAGUACAUAUGUGUUACUAUGUGCUGUAAAUAAAGAACAAACAUGAAAGCAUUCUUGAAUGUGUAUAACAAUUUAA